GAGAAAAGAAAAAAGAAAAUAUAUUACUAAACAAGUUUUUUUUGGUUUUUUGAGGUCUUAAAUUGGGAGAGAGAAAGGCAUGGCGGCGUUGCAGGGCCAGAGCUGUAAUUCGUGUGUUGCGCCUUAAAUGCUCUUACAGAGACAACAGCAGCAGCGCCAGCGGCGGAGCAAGGAAGAGAAUUGAAAGCUGCCGCCCAACAGAAGCCGACGUGUGUCCCUUGUGUCUCUCUUCCCCACCAGCUUUUUUGGCAAUUAGUCACCAACACCAAGACACUUCCAAUCAAUACAAAGAUAGAUACAAACAAUCACAUACUCAAAAUCUCCCCCCUCAUCAAAAGAAAAAAAAAAAAAAAUCCAAAAAGUUUAAAAUAUUAAACGAGUAAGAAUACCCAUUUGGAAAUUUGGGUUUGGAAUCAAAGUUCCGAGAGGGGGAGGUUUUGAUAUGGAUUUUUUGUUACAAUUGGGGUACGGGAGAGGUUUAGAGGAAGAGCAAUGGCGGGUUUCUUCUCAUUAGGAGGAAGAGGAAGCAGUGGUCAAGGAGACGAACAAAACAACCCACCAACGGAAAUCCCGCCGGAGAGUUGGCAGUUCUGGUACAAAAAUGAGGAAAUUACAUACAAGAGUUUUGAGCUAUGGCAGCAACAGGAACUCAUCCAGCGCCAUGCCCACGCAGCAGCGGAACAACAACAGCAACAAGAUCUUUAUUCAUCAGCAGCUGGAUUAGGAGUGGGGCCCAGCAGGAGCUCCAUAAACUUAUCGGAUGAUUCCUCGUCAAGAUCGGGUUUUAUGAUGAUGAGAAGCGGAGUAAGCGGAGGCAGCAUGAGCUGCCAAGACUGCGGCAACCAAGCCAAGAAAGAUUGCAUCCACAUGCGGUGCCGGACUUGCUGCAAGAGCCGAGGGCUCGACUGUCCCACCCAUGUUAAAAGCACCUGGGUUCCUGCGGCCAAGCGGCGCGAGAGACAACAGCAACUCGCUGCUUUGCCGCAACACCAACAUCAUCAGCAGCCCAAAAGACAGCGAGAAAAUCCCGCCACAUCUUCCCUUGCCUGCACUCGCUUGCCCUCGUCAGGGUUAGAAGUAGGGAAUUUUCCGGCAGAGGUGAGUCAUCCGGCUGUGUUUCGGUGCGUGAGGAUGAGUGGUGUUGAUGAUGCUGACGACCAGUAUGCGUAUCAGACGGCGGUGAACAUAGGAGGGCAUGUGUUCAAGGGAAUUCUCUACGAUCAUGGUCCGGAAGGGAACUAUAGCGUGGGUGGUGGUGAGAGUUCUUCUGGUGGAGUUCAGCCCCUGAACCUUAUUACAGCUGGUCCCACCACCACCACCGACACCGCCACAUUGGCUGCUGCUGGUGUUGGCGGUACGGUUGCUUCCUCUUCAUCAACCGUCGCGUUUCUAGACUCUUCGUCGUUAUACCCAACUCCUCUCAACACUUUCAUGGCUGGUACGCAGUUCUUCCCCAACCCGAGAUCUUGAAACUUAGAAAAAUGAAAAACCACAUUUCCCCCCCUAGUCUUUGUCAACUUUAAUGAUAUUUGAUGCUAAUGCAAACGUUCUACAUUUGAAUAUGGAAAUUUAUAUAUUCUCAUCUCCAUCUUCUCAAGUAUAUGUGUUUCCUUAUAUGUGUGCUUUUUAUUUUUUUGGGACUUCUAAGGGGUAUGUUGAAUUUCA